GAACAAUACAUCUUUUAGCUCUUUAAGCCUUCUCAAAACAAAGAAGAAAAGCUCAACAAAAAUGGCAGUCUCCUUCCAUGUUCGAUCUAACAGCUACCCUUCGAGACAACACCCUCAAGCCGCUCAUGUCGAUGAGCAAUUGACCAGAUUGAGAUCUUCUGAUUCAGCCUCUUCAUCUUCUAUCUGCCAGAGACUUAGCAACCUUCAAGAUUUACAUGAUUCUCUUGAAAAGAUGAUUCGCUUGUCUGUCACCAACCUAGCUUUAUCUCAAGAUCAGAUUGAGAAACUUCUUGAUGGAUCUCUCAGGAUCUUAGAUUUGUGCAAUAUAGCCAAGGAUGCGAUUUCACAGAUGAAAGAAGGUCUCAUGGAGAUCCAAUCUAUUCUACGAAGAAAGCCUGGAGAUCUAUCCGGAGAGGUCAAGAAAUACUUAGUCUCAAGAAAGUUCCUCAAGAAAUCACUCCAAAAAGUAAUCAAGAGUUUGAAAGUGUGCCAAAGCAAAGAUUCCACCAAUGCAUCUUUGGUUGUAUUUGGAAGAGCAGAAGCUGUAACAAUGGCUCUGUUUGAAUCUCUGUUUAGCUUCAUGUCCGGAUCAAAGGCUUGUGGGAAAUGGUCAUUGGUCUCAAAGAUGAUGAGCCAAAACAAAGUUACAUGUGAAGCAGAAGCAAAUGAAUUCACAAGGAUCGAUUCUGAGUUCCAAUCCGAAAAGUCGUUGCAGAUGGAGGAUGUGCAGAACUUAGAGUCAUGCAUUCAAGAUCUUGAAGAUGGAAUUGAGUCACUCUCUAAAUCAUUAAUCAAAUACAGAGUUUCAAUCCUUAACAUCUAAUAAGUCAUUGUGCCCACAAAUUUUUGUACAAAUAGGAGAUAUAAAUGUUAACAUACAUAUACUAAUACAAGAUUCUUUCA